AAGUUUUGCAGCUGAAUAUGUAUUUCUGGACAUUCAAAAUGGCGGACCAUGGAGAAGAUCCCCCUUUUCAUGUAUGACAAGUGCAAUUUUCCCAGUCACAAUGAAUACUUAGAAUUUGAUGGUAGUGGUACAGUAAGUAUUCAUGAAAAAUGCAACAUUAGUGAAUGGGUAUCAUGAAUUCUGGAAAUAAACAACAAAGUUAAAAAAUCUUGCACAGUGUACAUUUUAAGCCAUCAAAUAAUAUAGAUACUACUGUCCAUACUGCUGAUUUAAGCUUCUACACUCAUCCACAAGAUGUUGUUUUUUAAAAACACAUAGUGAUGUGUCACAGGUCGGGUUGCAAUAAAUGUAAAAAACACAAACUUUGCCAGCAGUAAUUGUCAUGACGUUUCUGAUCAAUUUCAAGGUCUGCAGAACACUUCUAAGAUGGCCUCUGCAGAAGUCAACUCUCCACUCCAGCUGACGAAGAGCGUUAAUGAAGAGACCGAGGAGACCCUGCGUUCUCUGUACAGUCUGAGGAGCGUAUCUGUAGUGCUGGUGGACUGCUGUAGACCACAAGGACGGCAGGAGAACAAUGAAGAGAACCACAGAGAUGUCAGGGCAAGGCAGAGAUCUGGGCAUCAGCUUCACUGCAGUUCCAGCGGAGCAGAGUUUAGUGGAAAAACACAUUCUGCUGCCUUCACCACAGAGAAGCGUUACCCUUGCAGUCAGUGUGAGAAGAGCUUCAAGACUAAAAGAGAAGUCCAAAUCCACCAACGUGUUCACACAGGAGAGAAGCCAUUUUCAUGCACGGACUGCGGAAAGAGUUUUUCAUGCUUUUCUAACCUCCUCAGGCAUCGCCGCGUUCACACUGAAGAGAGGCCGUACGCUUGCAGUCAGUGUGACAAGAGCUUUAAGACAAAACAAAACCUUCAAGGCCAUCAGCGUGUUCACACAGGGGAGAAACCAUUUUCAUGCUCUGACUGUGGAAAGAGCUUCUCACAGGCUGAUCACCUCCACUCACAUCGCAGCGUUCACACUGCAGAGAGGCCGUACGCUUGCAGCCAGUGUAACAGGAGCUUUAAGAGAAAAGAUGAUCUCCUAAACCACCAGCGUGUUCACACAGGAGAGAAACCAUUUGUAUGCACCCACUGUGGAAAGAGAUUCACACAGUCUUCUGGCCUCCAUGUACAUCUUCGCUCUCACACUGGAGAGAAACCAUAUUCAUGCACGGACUGCGGAAAGAGUUUCUCAGACCCUGGUAGCCUCCACAAACAUCGUCGCAUUCACACUGGAGAGAGGCCGUACCCUUGCAGUCAGUGUGACAAGAGCUUUAAGACAAAAGGAAACCUCAACAAACACCUGCUUGUUCACACAGGGGAGAAACCAUUUUCAUGCUCUGACUGUGGAAAGAGCUUCUCACGGGCUUCUCACCUCCACUCACAUCGCCUUAUUCACACUGGAGAGAAGCCGUACCCUUGCAGCCAGUGUGACAAGAGCUUUAAGACAAAAGGAAACCUCAACAAACACCAGCGUGUUCACACAAGGGAGAAACCAUUUUCAUGCACUGACUGUGGAAAGGGUUUCCCAACAUCGUCUGACCUCCAUGUACAUCGACGUUGUCACACUGGAGAGAAACCAUUUUCAUGCACGGACUGCGGAAAGAGUUUCUCAACCUCUUCUAACCUCCACAAACAUCGCCUUAUUCACACUGAAGAGAAGCCGUACGCUUGCAGUCAGUGUGACAAGAGCUUUAAGACAAAAGCAGAGCUCCAACGCCAUCAGCCCAUUCACACGGGGGAGAAACCAUUUUCAUGCACAGACUGUGGAAAGAGCUUCUCACAGUUUGCUUACCUCCACUCACAUCGCCGCGUUCACACUGGAGAGAGACCGCACGCUUGCAGUCAGUGUGACAAGAGCUUUAAGACAAAAUAUGAGCUCCAACGCCAUCAGCCCAUUCACACAGGGGAGAAACCAUUUUCAUGCACAGACUGUGGAAAGAGUUUCGCACAUUCUUCUGCCCUCCACAUGCAUCGUCGCAUUCACACUGGAGAGAGGCCGCAUCCUUGCAGUCAGUGUGACUACAGCUUUACCUCAAAAAGAGAUCUUCAAAGGCACCAGUUUGUUCACACGGGGGAGAAACCAUUUUCAUGCAUCGACUGUGGAAAGAGUUUUUCAUCUCCCAACGGCUUCCGCGCACAUCGUCGCAUUCACACUGGAGAGAAGCCGUACGCUUGCAGUCAUUGUGACCAGAGCUUUAAGAGAAAAGACAGGCUCCAAAUCCACCAGCGUGUUCAUACAGGGGAGAAGCCAUUUACAUGCACCGACUGUGGAAAGAAAUUCUCGCAGCUUGCUAACCUCUACACACAUCGUCGCAUUCAUACUGGAGAGAAGCCGUACGCUUGCAGUCAGUGUGACAAGAGCUUUAAAUUAAAUACACAGCUCCAAAUCCACCAGCGUGUUCACACAGGGGAGAAACCAUUCUCAUGUAUCGACUGUGGAAAAAGUUUUUCACAUUAUUCCGCCCUUUGCAUACAUCGUCGCAUUCACACUGGAGAGAAGCCGUUCGCUUGCAGCCAGUGUGACAAGAGCUUUAAAACUAAUGCAGAACUCCAAAUCCACCAACAUGUUCACACGGGAGAGAUGCCAUUUUCGUGCACGGACUGUGGAAAGAAAUUCUCACAUUCUUCUAACCUUAUCACGCAUCUCCGCAUUCAUACUGGAGAGAGGCCGUACCCUUGCAGUCAGUGUGACAAGAGCUUUACAACUAAAUCAAAUUUCCAAAGUCACCUGCGUGUUCACACAGGGGAGAAACCAUUUUCAUGCACCGACUGUGGAAAGAAUUUCUCACAUUCUUCUCACCUCCACACACAUCGCCUCAUUCACACUGGAGAGAAGCCAUUCGCUUGCAACCAGUGUGACAAGAGCUUUAAGACUAAUGCAGAACUCCAAAUCCACCAACGUGUUCACACGGGAGAGAUGCCAUUUUCGUGCACCGACUGUGGAAAGAAAUUCUCACAUUCUUCUAACCUUAAGAAACACUUGUCAUCACACUUGAGAGAAGCCUUAAGCUCUCAGCCAGUGUAACGAGUUUCUCACAGUCCUCUAACCUUAAAGCUACAGUGGCGGUCAUAUGUUUACAUACCCUAACAGAAUAUACACUUUGCUACCGAUUUCCAAUAGGAUGUGACUGAUUACACAAAACAUUUUUGUUUUCCAUCCGAGGACAAUGCUCCAGCCACUCAGCUUGCCAAUUAAGCUGUGGAUGGAAGACCACCAUAUCAAUACCCUGACAUGGUCAGCCCAAACUCCAGGCCCGAACCCCCUUGAAAACUUCUGGAAUGUGGUCAAGAGGAAGCUGGAUGGUCACAAGCCAUCAACCCAAGCUCAGUAACUUGAAUUCUUGCACCAAUCCUGGAACAAAGUCUAAAUAGAAUAAAGUACCAAAACGCAUGAUAGCUGUGACUACAAAUCGGGCUUAUUCCACCAAAUAUUGCCUUCUGAAUUCUUCCUAAGUUAAUAUCAUCUUCUUUUCUUUGCCAUUUUUGAGAUUUGGAAACAUUGCAUCUUGUGUUUUACUUUGACCAUUUUGAGAUUUUCUGCAAAUAACUGAUCCAAAUGACAAUAUUUUCUUUCGAAAUUCAGAGGAAAUGUCGGUAGUUUAUAGAAUGAAAUAGCAAUGUUUGAGUAAAACAAACACAUAUCUAUCCAAAGUAAUAUCAGAAAAACUGAACAUUUCGAAAUGGUCUCUCAAUACUUGCCGCAGCUGUAUAUAAAAAUACUGCACAGUUGAAAAGACAAGUUUGAAAGUGCUUAUGUCCAGCAUUAGCAAUAAUGCUGUCAUCAAUCUGUGGAACUUAUGGACUAAUGGAAAAUGUGAUUCUUGAGCUUUAUAAGUAAGAUUUUAUGAUUCACUGUGAUACAGACUGACACUUUUUUCAUUAUAAAUCUCAGUAUAGAUCCAUAGUAGAGCAUAUACACAGGAACCUAUAAGGGGAGGAGACAGACUGAAUGAUUACUGCAAAGAGAGACUUUUUGGAUUCACAGUAUGGAUGCCAUGACCUACCCAGGUUUAAAUGAUGAAAUUGACUUCAGGUCUUUGCUAUGAUGCGUAUGAUGUUAAGAGUAUGAUAGUUUGAAUAUGACCCAGUGUCAGAUGCCUAGCCUCCAUUGUGUUGUCUAUUAUGUUUUCUUUUUCUACCAUUCUAUGUCCUACUAUUCAGCUUUUUACUAUUCAGCAUUUUUAUAUUCAGCAUUUUCUUACCACUCUUUCAAUGCCCCAUACAUCAAUUCUUUGUGAUUAUUGUAACAUGAACGUGUUUAUACGUGACCUAUGUGACCUCUGAAGGUUUACUGUGUUACCCAGGUACCUGAGUUUCUAACCACGCCCUGAUGAAGGCCAGACGGCUGAAACCGGUCAGCGUUUUUAACAUGUUAACCCUGAUGUGAAAUAAAGGGUUUUUAAUACUUCAA